CGCUUGCACUUCUCCAGUGUCUCGAGCUGGUCUCGAGGGUGGCUUAUGAAGCCGUAUCCUCACCAUAGAUGACGCGAUCUGACCGCUGACAUCGGAUUGACCGAUCGACGGACCGGAUGCUAGGGAACCUCGAUUGACUUCCUGAAUAAAAUCGACAUGACAAGCAAGACCAACAUCCUUCUCUUCGGAGCUACAGGCUAUAUCGGAGGGUCUGUCUUGAACCGCCUCCUCAGCCAUCCCAAAGCAGAUACCUUUAGUAUCACCGCGACUGUGCGCUCUCCCGAGAAGGCGAAGCUCCUGGAGAAGCUGGGAGUCAAAGCCGAGAUAGCCUCUCUCAGCGAUCUUGACAAGAUAGAAGAGCUUUCCUCGCGCGCGCAUGUCAUUUUCAACGUCGCAAACUCAGACGACCUACCGGCCAUAAACGCCCUCCUGAAGGGUGUGCGCAAGGCGCACGAGACCACCGGAGAGCUCCCCAUUCUCAUCCACACUUCGGGCACAGGCGAGAUCGCAGAGCCGGCGAACGGAGAAUACGCUGCGGAGACGGUCUAUUCAGACUUGAACGUCGAGCAGUUGAAGGCUAUUCCUGAGACGGCCUUCCACCGCAAGAUCGACCUCGCCGUCAUCGGCGCAGACGAGCAAGGCUACGCACGCUCGUACAUCGUCAUACCCGGGAUGGUAGACGGCAUUGCGUCGGGACCUGUCUUCGAGGCUGGGAUCGCGAACCCGAUUUCUAUCCAGAUUCCUGCCCUCAUCAAGGAGGCGCUGGACAGGAAGCAGGCGGGCAUGAUCGGGCCUGGCAAGGCCGUCUGGCCGAUUAUCCACGUCGACGACACCGCCGACAUAUUCAUCGCGCUCUUCGACGCCAUCAGCGCAGACCCGCAGAGUGCCGGGCACGGAUGGGAGGGCUACUACUUCGGCGUGAGCGAACACGUCUCGUUCUACGAGAUCGGGCAGGCCAUCGGACAAGCGCUCGUGGAUCUCGGGCUCGCAAAAGACGCGGAACCGACGACGUUCACUGACGAAGAGCUCGUGAAACACUGGGGUUCCGUGCUUGCGGGCAAAUAUGGAGGCACGACCUGCCGCUGCCGCGCGGAUCGUGCGCUUGCGAUUGGGUGGAAGCCGAAGUAUGGUGCUAAGGACUUGUUGGCGGGCAUCAAGCCUGAGGUGGAGUAUGAGUUCAAGCGCGCACAGGAGAAUGGCGGGGUCGACUUUACGAAGCAGAAGAGACACGGAGCACUGUUGAAGAACGCGUUAGAAUCGAACUGAGCCCGUGGGCAGCUGUUUCAAGGCUGCUUGGGAGGCAUCAGGAUAGUUUCAAGGGUCAGGAUUGUGCUCGCACCAGUGCAUCUGAUGCUGUACCAUGAGGAUCGACCACUAGGGUCUCCAUUCGCCUUACUGGCCAGCCCAGCUGGUCGAAUCAUGGAUACGCCCGCGCCGGGCAGGAUUCAUCGAUGCGAUUGUAUCCCAAUCUGUGCUCGGUCUGUGCUGCCAAUAUAUUGACUCAUUCUGUGACUGGAAUAC